UAAAAAAUGAGUAAUCUUUACAGGAAAGAAAAGAUGAUACAGCAGAAGAGGGUACAGCAGAUGAACCCAGUAGAGAUGCAGCAGCAGAUGGGCUCCAGACCUGUAGAGAACAGCCAGAUCCAUAUACAGCAGAAAAUGAGAGAAGCUAUGGAUAGAAUGGAGAGAUAUAGCACUAAGCUCAAUAUGGUGCUUUAUAAAAGGAAGAAGUUUCAUGAGAAGAGAAGGGAGAAACUUAACCAAUACGAAGCUAGUAAAGGCGCUUCAGUACAGAAGGAACAAGAGUUACAAAGUCUAGUAGAGCAUUAUGGUGUUGUUAAAGAGGGGAUCAAGAAUUGUGGGAUUAUUUUUGAGUGUUUGAAGUUCUUAGAGGAUAUGAUGACACCUCAAUCAGCGAGGAUGAGAAGAGAGCCACACUAAGCUCUUUCUUUUAAAAAGUUUCAAUCAGUUAGGUGAUGCUGGGGUUUUGGGGUUUUGG